UGGGGCCUCGCGUAUCGCUUGUUGCUUCUCUGCUGCUGACGACGACGACGAUAUUAUCCCUCUUCUUACCAUCAUGACUCGCUUUGGUAUACUGUUCUUGCUUGCUGCUGCAGUUGCUGGCGCUUUAUCCUCCCCUGUCAAGGAUGAACAGGAGGUGUUGUUUCCAGGCGCUCCCGGGAACAAGAAGUGGGAUUGGAACGACUGCGGCACCGACUCGCACCUCAUUCACAUCAAGAGCAUCCAGAUUACUCCUGACCCGCCCGCGCGGGGUGAGGACCUGACGAUUACAGUCGAGGGUGUGGCCGACGGUCCUGUUGAGGACGGUGCCUACGCGGACGUGACCGUUAAGGCUGGACCCAUCCGGAUUCUCCACAAAGAGUUCGAUCUCUGCGAGGAAGCCCGUAACGCGAACACGACUAUCCAGUGCCCAGUCGAGGAGGGUACUCAUAAGGUCACUCAGACCGUCUCUUUGCCGAAGGAAAUCCCUCCCGCACAAUUUACCGUGAACAUCCGCGGCUACACUGACGAUGACGAGGAUCUUGUCUGCAUGGAUCUCCUCAUGGACUUCAGGGUCCGGCCUGGCUCGUUCAUUCCUUGGUAAACAUCGUCAUCUUGUCGGCUUGCAUGGUCUGCGUCCUGCCGUCUCAUAUUGUCUCCGUUCUAUAUCCGUCGGACUCAUCGGUGUAUAAUAUACUUUGUCCAUUUUGAAUACCAUGAAUGUGGUGCUCCCUAACUAUUCUGCAUCUCACAGCUGUCGAGAGACCUCUAGGGCUAGUAUGAUGCCAUGGCCAAGGAAUCAGAUCUUAGACGUGGAAAGGCGCCUAUUGGUGACGUCUAGUAGGACCGACCGACCGGAUCCCCAGAAACAAGUCUACUUGUGGACGAGCCACAUCCGCCACAUACCCAAUGUCCUUGUUCCGCUCGCUGUCCACCAAGGUCGCGACCAGUCUUUCUAACUCUAUGCGGCUACGAUACCUCCUUGUCCUGGACUUCGAGGCUACCUGCGAUGAUAGCGGUCAUAUCGUGCCUAGGAACGAAACCGAGAUCAUAGAAUUUCCUACCCUCCUUUAUGAUGUUGACGAGGAUAAGGUACAUGCUACCUUCCACGAAUAUGUCCGGCCUACGCGACAUCCCACUUUGACUCCGUUCUGCACGGAGCUUACCGGCAUUGGCCAGAGUACAGUGAACGCAGCGGAUCCAUUCCCUUCUGUAUGGGAGCGAUACCAAGAGUUUUUACGGACACGCGAGGUUUUGGCACAACCCGAGGCCGUUGCAUAUCUCACAUGCGGCGACUGGGACUUGAAGACGAUGCUUCCUCAGCAGCUGCGUCUAAGCGGGACACAGACCGGAAUGGAUCCUAGCACAAAUGCGCUCACCGCACCCUAUAACCGCUGGAUCAACCUGAAGAAGUCUUUCCAGCACCACUACGGUCUGAAGUAUCCGAAGGGCAUGGAUGGCAUGCUGAGACACGCCAAGAUGGAGCUGGAAGGACGUCAUCAUUCUGGUAUCGACGACUGCAAGAAUAUUCUACGGAUUGUGCAGCGUAUGAGACGGGAUGGGUGAAGCCUUGGGACGAUCUGCCACGGUGAUUCCUCCCUGGACGAGUCUAUUGUGGCAAAAACGCCACGAUAUUGCUAUGCUUUCACGGAACGUUCUCCGAGUCAUCUUGAUGUGUCGAACCUACCACUCCCUAUCUCAAACAAC